AUGGCACCUGGUUCUUCACGGAGGAAGCCCUUGGGGCUUGAUGUACCCCGCACAUCUGCUUUCGAGUCGCCGCCUCCUAUAGCGGCUCUCUUUGUAAUUCGGUUUGAUAUCAAGGCCGGAUAUGUGAUAUCCUGGAAACGGACGGCCCCCGGAGUUGAACUCGAAGGGAUUGUUGAGUACAAGUCGCUUCCAUCCGGUCUACACAAUAUUUCAGAGGAUCUAGUGUAUUUCGUGCACGAACAAUAUGCUGGCAUCAGUGCAUUUGUUAAUCAGCCUGCGGAAGAAGCAGAGCGAAAUGCAAAGAUGUUUGCCGUAGGAGUCCUGGUUCCACUGAGUUGUGGGAGACUAGGCAAAAGUUGGAGACAUGCUCCAAAACUCAAGGAACUGGCGCUGAACUAUGCCCAGGACAUGUCGGAAACACAACCACUAUCCGAUUACUGGACGACCUAUGAGAUCCACGACGGCGAUUCAUCAGGCCUUCCGCCACCGGACUCUCCUGUUGAAUCACCGCUCAACGUCCGACUAAGAGCUCAUGGAGAGCGAUCAGAUAAUGGCAACCGCCGCAGUCGCGCAUUUAGCGAUGCCAUUGUGUUGGAAACCCCCAGGCCGGGCCUGACACCGUUCCAUCCGGCUUCGUCGCUCCCCGAUUUUCUCGACUGCUUCGGUCCUCUGUUGUUUCCUUUGUAUAGGGCAGCUUUGUUGCGCAAGAGGAUUCUUUUCAUGGGGGAAGUGCCAGUCUACAUGCCCUGCAACUAUGUAUAUGAUCUGUCUCUCUUAGCCUCGCUACCCAAUUCUCUUCUCCCCUUACUUCCAUCGAACAGGUUGCCAAGUCUACGGCCUCGGCCCCUCUUUAAUGUCGGCAUCCAUGACAUACCAUACCUGACUAGUUUUGUGGGCGCUUCGCCUGACUCCGACCGGGAUGCUACCUGGAUUGCCUGCAGCACGGACACUGUCCUCACCAUGAAAUCCGAGUUAUUCGAUGUUCUUGUCACCCUUCCACCCCCUCAUUCCAAAAACGCAGCAGAGAAAGUAUACCCGAAGAUCUCCGUUUUACCCACUACAACGGCACAGCAUAACUCCUCCCAGGCUGUUCAUCUGAAAGCAACGCAACGAGACGCACGUCGUUACUCAACCCUCCGCAAGGGCUUACAGCAAGUUUCUCGAGACGAAGACACCCAAUCCGGAGACGACGACGACGACGACGACGAAUCAGACGCUGCAUCGACAUUUUCAUCAAGCUCCAUCGUUGAACCCCUCUCAUGGGCCAGACUAGCAUACACCUCCUUCAUUUGGUGGGCAUCAGCCGGUGAAAAGCGCGACGGAUUAUCUGAAGAAGAGGAAGAAGAACACCAGAUCAAACAAGACACACGGCUACUGGCGAGUGUGGAGAGUCUCCCUAGUCCACCAUCGGGCUCCUUAGGCCGGAGGACCAUGCCACCCGGGGACCCAGUCCAACAACCUCCCGAAAUCGCUUUAGUGGCGUACUUCCGUCGCCUAACGACGCAAAUAUUCGUGGCCCUUUCCGAUGUAAUCGUCCGACACGAUAGUCGAGACGCAGCUAACAGCGGCGAGCUAAACGAUGACGAUGAAAUCCCGUACGAAGACGACCCAGAUGACGGUCUCCAGCCCUCGGCUACUAUCGGUCGCCGGUCAACACAGGAAGAUGACUCGACAUCUCCUUUGCUCCAGAGAAGUGCUUUCCCUGACCCCGACUUGUCUCGUAGGGAUGACAAACCCAUCAAAAUCACCACCGAAGAUAUGACCGAGAUGGGACUUGAUGUUUGGAGCGCUGCGGACCGCAUUUUCGUCGAGGAGCUUGUCCAGACCUGGUGGGGUCGCAAGGCGUGUGUCGACAGCGCUCGUAUCAGAUGCUGUGGGAUUUCAAUUCUGUAA